CAUCCCAAACUCCUGCACAGUUUAGUCAAGCUGUUGCUUGGAGAGGUGCACAAGAAAGGGAGAAAUAAGGAGAAGGGUUUUUUUAAAAAAGUUUCUUUCCUUUCUCUCUCGCUCUCUUUGUGAUCUCUCUCCCCGGACAAGCAUCAGAUGACAGCUAUACACCGAGGGAGGAAAAACCAAGCUUCUUAGCCACCAGACAGUAUCUGAUCCGGAUCUGCAGAGCCGAGCGGAGCAGCUUCCCAGAGGGAUAAAUAAGUACCGACCAGCCCUAGUAGGAACAACUGCCAGAGCAAGCCACAAGUUGGGGCACAAGCCUUGGCGGGGCACCGGCGUGCCCGGGGGUGGGUGCGAGAGAGCCAUUCAGCCAGCACAGGAAAAGGAAAGCAAAGGCUCCGCUGCCCUCGCGAUUCCGAAGGGAGAGAGGGACGGAGGUGCACCAAGAGGCAUCGCCCGUAGGGAAGAACUUGCGGAGGAAGAGGGAGCCCGAGCUGGGAGGCGAGCCUGAAGGUCGGAUCCGGCAGCCCCGAGGAUGCUGCUGCUGCUCCCACUGUGGCUGUUGCUGUCGGAGGUGGUGCUCCUGGUGCCGGCUCAGAAGGUCUCCGCUCUCACGUUUUUAAGAGUGGAACAAGACAAGGACCAAAAAUGCAGCCAGGAUUGCACAGGAUCACCUCAGAAGUCAUUGUGUGCUUCAGAUGGCAGGACUUUUUUGUCCAGGUGUGAAUAUCUGCGAGCAAAAUGUAAAGAUCCUCAGCUACGAAUUGAGUACAAGGGCAACUGCAAAGAUGUUUCAAGAUGUGUGGCAGAGAGGAAGUACACUCAGGAACAAGCUCGCAAGGAGUUCCAGCAAGUGUUUAUUCCAGAAUGCAAUGAUGAUGGCACUUACAGCCAGGUUCAGUGCCAUGUUUAUACUGGGUAUUGUUGGUGUGUUACCCCAAAUGGCCGUCCAAUCAGUGGUACAGCCGUAGCACAUAAAACUCCACGUUGCCCAGGUUCUUUAAAUGAGAAGCUGCCACAACGUGAAGGUACAGGAAAAACAGAUGAUGCUUCAGCUCCAGCACUGGAGACUCAGCCCCAAGGUGAUGAAGAAGAUAUAGCUUCCCGUUACCCUACAUUAUGGACUGAGCAAGUAAAAAGCAGACAGAAUAAGACCAAUAAAAAUUCUGCAGCAUCAUCAUGUGACCAAGAACUUCAAUCAGCAUUAGAAGAAGCCAAGCAACCUCAAAAAGACAAUGUGUUCAUACCUGAAUGUGCUAAUGGUGGCCUUUACAAACCAGUGCAGUGCCAUCCCUCCACAGGAUACUGCUGGUGUGUCCUUGUGGACACUGGACGCCCAAUCCCUGGCACAUCGACGAGAUAUGAACAACCCAAGUGUGAUAACAGUGCCAGAGCUCAUCCAAGCAAAACAAAAGAUUUGUUCAAAGGGCGCCAGCUUCAAGGUUGUCCAGGAGCUAAGAAGAAUGAAUUCCUGACCAGUGUUCUGGAUGCACUCUCCACAGAUAUGGUGCAUGCAGUCUCUGACCCUGCCGCAUCUUCUAGCAGGCUUUCAGAACCAGACCCAAAUCAUACCCUGGAGGAGAGAGUGGUCCACUGGUACUUUAAACAACUGGAUAAAAAUGCUAGUGGUGAUAUCGGCAAAAAGGAAAUAAAGCCAUUUAAAAGGUUCCUAAGGAAAAAAUCCAAGCCCAAGAAAUGCGUGAAAAAGUUUGUGGAAUACUGUGAUGUGAAUAACGACAAAUCCUUAACAGUUCCAGAAUUAAUGGGUUGCCUGGGUGUAACAAAAGAAGACAGUAAAGCAGAUACAAAGAAACGCCAUACUCCAAAAAACAAUGCCGAAAGUACUCCUUCCAGCAGACAGCAAACCUCAAAGAAGCAAGGCUAAACCAUGUAUAAAACAGAUCUCUCAGGCCUGCAGGAGAGACCCGCACCAAAAGGCAAUAAAAUCAACUGUAGUAUUUGCACUUUGUACUUUAAAAUGUAAAUUCACUUUGUAGAAAUGAGAUAUUUAAACAUUUUUUUAAAAAAAUCUGUGAAAAUGUAGUGACAGCUUGUUUUAAACAAUUAUCACAUACAAUGUAUGUGCCUUUUUUGUAGUCCGAAAUCUGUACGUGUCAGAGGUGUAAAAGUUUGCAUUUAAUCUUUUUUAAUUAAUAACAUUGUCAGAUGUUAGAAACUAGUCUGAUAAUAUUUUCAGUAGUUUGGCUUGUUUUCCUGCAUAACAAUUAGUAAUUUUUAUUGAAGUUAGGCUGAAUAACUGCUUAAUUUGAAGUCUACUGUAAUUCACAUUGUUAUUUAGUGUUGGAGGCUGCAUAUUCCUAAGUCCAAACAGCAGGUUGUAAAUUGAUGUUGACUUCCAGUGCAUCUUUUAUAAGCACACAGCCUUUGUCUCUUGGUGACUGGAGUGUUUUUAGAAAACAUUGUCAUUACUUUCUGAAGACUGCAAUCAUACAUCAAGAUUGCAACCACUAAUGGAUAAAAGAAGUCUUCUCUCUUUCUGUAUUUAGGUUCCUAUAGAUUUUUUCUGCCCAUUUUUGAGGCCUUCCAAGUAUAAUACAUAUUUAAAUAUUUUAUUUUUCAUUUUCUUUCCCUCAGUCAGCCAACAAACUGACAGGAAAUAUUGCAGAUUAUUGUAUCUCUCAAAACUGAUUUUGCCAAGACAUAACAAAGAAAUAAAGGGACACAUGUUUAAUAUCGUAAAUCUAAUUAUAAAGAGACAAAAAAGGGUAAAACAGGGUUGUCAGCCUUCCUUUUCCUUACACUUGGCUGGACUGUGUUACACAACUGAUGGUGCCCCAGGAUCUACAAAAAGGUAAAACUAUCACCUGAACAAAUUAUGGACAGUUAUGGUAAAGAGGUGCAGUCAGCAUAAGCUCUCCCCUUAAGGCAUCCUUCUUGCCAUCUGGGAGAUGUUCGUACAAGUUUUCAUACCUUUCCUGUCAUUUAGAAGUAAGUUUGUUUCCCACCCCUUUCCUGGAGUGCCUUAAGGGAAUAAGAGCUUGCAGAUGUGAACUUCAUAGCAACAAGAACAAAACACAGUAAAGAACUUGAGCUUCGGACCUUGGACAGCAAUAAAUUAUAAGGAGCCAGAGCUAUCAAUUCAGCGGGUAGAUGGACUGCUGGCCUCAGAAAAAUGUGAAGAGGACAGCUGGGAUUGUCCCUAUGAGCAGUGAUCUCUUCAGUUUAUUGAAACAAGAUGCAUGGAACAAUGUUAAGAUAGCAGGUGAUAAUUAUAUUCUGACUGUUUGGGAGCUCUUAAUUGCAAAUAGAAAUGUUGCAUUUUUGUAUCUUCCUCUCUAUAUAGUUUCAUGAUGAAAUAAUGCUGGAAAGACUUUGUACAAAUUGAAUGGAGCAAAAGAAUCAGAAUUUCAUGACACAAGUUUGAAGAAUAAGGGCAAGGGAAACCAAAAUGCAAAUGUAUUUUAUCUUUGUAAAAAAAAAACACUUUUUAAAUUCAGAAUUUAUUUGAUAUUGUUUUUAUAAUACUAAAUGUUGGAUUUAAUUCUAGAUUAAAAUGUAGUGUGCUAUAAAAUGUA